UUUGGGUUGCCAUGCAACAAAAGUGACUGGAACAGGAAAUUCAUGUGAUGAUAGACGUGGCAUUAAGAGCAUACAGUGAUUGCCCAAACUCUUGAAAUGUACACCCGCACCCCUCUCACAGAUACCUUUGAAGAUGAUGUGGUCAAGAGUCCAAUGAAAAUACUCCACAGACUUGUUGAAAAAUAUCGGGUGUCUGUGAGGGUUCAUGCAUUAAAAAUAGCUGCUUUUUAUAGCAUCACAUCAUGUGCAGAAUCUCUUUUGUCCUUGUCUUCUGGAAUAGUCUCUCAGCUCCCAGACGUCUGGCUUCCUGUCUACAUAUAAUAUCCGUAAGACUGUUUCAAAAUGUAUCCAGUUCACGCGAUCAGCGACAACACAACCACACAUUUGCAUCAGAAAAUGAUGUUCAGAGACUAGCACCUGUGGCUGAUAGUGCUAGAACCAUUUCAGAUGUAACACAAAAGAUGCAACUGUAGGAUCGUCCAUGUUACUGUCUCUUAGCAACAGUGGGCCAUUUACCUCCACUGUGCUGGUUGCCGGGACUGACGAUGUUUCUUAGAGCUCAAAGGAGAGAGUCAUUGGCUAACAAGACAUUCAUAUAUGCAUUCUUUCUCUUUUAGAUCCAACAGAAUGUGAAACCAGGAAUGUACUUCUGCCAACAGGUCUUUGCCGGUGGUUUCUAGCUUAACAUCGUCCUGAAGAGCUGCACAUCGAAAAAGAAGUGAUGCACACUCCAGUGUCCAUGCUGAUGGGGGUGGUGUUUGCUCCCCUGGGCCUUGUGCUGGUGUUCACUGCAGCAGUCACGCCGCAGUGGAGGGAGGGACAGGCGCGGCUGGGUGCGGCAGGGCGUGGUGGAGCAACGGAGCUCCUCCUUCUCCGUUCAGAUGGCCUGUGGGAGAGCUGCCUGCAGGUGGUGCACUCUGAAGUCAAAGAGUGCUGGCCUGUGUCUGGGUCCUACCAGCGGGAUGCUCGGGUUCGAAUGGUCCAGGGGAUGGUGCUGUUGUCUCUUUUCCUGUGCGGCACGGGGAUUGUCCUUGCCAGCGUGGGCGUCCGCUGCUGGACCGAUAUCCCUCUUAGGAGUGUAGCGGCAGCUGGUGGCCUGUUGGUGGCGCUGGCAGGUGUGCUCAGUCUGGCUGCAUUAGGAGUGUACACUCAUAAUCUUUCGAAGCUGGGGAUCGAGGUGGAUUCAACCAUAUCAGAGACACAAGGACUCAAUGUACAGAAGCCACCCCAACUUACGUUACACCCGGCCGGGUCCCUGUAUUUCGGGUGGGUGGGAGCUUGGGUACAGGUGCUGGGAGGGGCCGCACUGCUCCUUGGGUUUAAAAGCAUGAAGUGUUCAUCCUGCCACAAGCAGAGACUCAAAGACAGUGCAGAGAUGUAUGAGGUGAAUUGUUAGAUGGACCAAACGUUUCCAAGAGCUCAAGUGACUCUUAAGGUAGUUAAACACAUUGAGCUUGUAACAUGAGUCAUUGUAGUGCACUGUUAGUGUUUAUGAAUCAGACAAAUAAGAAAUGGUAAACACAUGAUGUUUCUAAAGAGAACUAUAUUAAAGGGGUCAUAUGACGUUGCUAAAAAAAAAACGUUAUUUUU